UUGUUGACCAGUCUAAUGGCAUUUACUCUGUUAGUGCAUCUUCCAUUCAUCAAACAAUUCCAUAUAGGUCCCUCUGCAAGCUCUCCACCAAAAGAAGACAAUUCUCAACCUGUCCGAGAUCAAAAAUCUUCUGAAGACUGUUACGAUACAUGGAAUGUUGUGCUUAAUCCAGCCAACAUUUAUGAAAACAAAUUAGAUGAUGAUAGGUCUAUACUAAAGAGAGCUGUCGAAAAUUACGGCAGUACGGAUGAUUUGAUCCAUAAACGUGUUGAGGAACGACAGAUUAUGAUGAAUAAUGGCUCGAAGAUAUCAAAACUUCGUAGAUUAGACUGGUGGUAUUUGUUAAUAAUACAAGGGUAUUGUUGCAGUCUAACAAAUGGAAUUAUGCCUUCUAUUCAGUCGUAUUCCACCCUACCCUAUGGUAACCUAGCUUAUCAUUUAGCAAUUACCUUAGGAUUAAUGAUGAUACCAACAGCUAGUCUGUGUGUGCAUUGGUUGCCAGCAAAAUCUAAUAUCUCAAUAGGAAUUCUCACUGUUAUAGGAACUGCUGUAGCAUGUUACAUCACGGCAUGUGCUGCAAUGAGUCCAUAUCCGCCAUUAUGUGGUAGUCCAUGGGGAGGGGUAGUAUCGGUCAUAGCAUGGUUAUUAUUUAAUUUCAUAAUCACUUACAUCAAAGUCUCUAUUGGAGGAAUAUUACGUCAUGAAGGAAGAAAUGCUCUUAUUCUGUACGGCGGAGUGACACAGAUUGGGUCCCUAUGUGGUGCGGUUCUCAUAUUCCCACUGAUUAAUAUACUACAUCUAUUUGAGCCAAAUGAUCCUUGCAUAUUUAUCUGUUAUUAAAUUAAUGGACAUAUAUUAAUGUACUCAAUGA